UUCUGCUCCCCUCUCACCAAACAUAUCCACAUGUCUCUCUUUACGUAUUCCUAAUUUCCUAUACAUUACUAUACACCAUAUACUCUACGCUCUACACUCCUUUCUCUCUCUCUCUCUCUAGUCUCUACAACUACGAUACUACGAAUUAGUAGAGGCUAGUAGUAUCUUGUAUCUACCUCUUCACAUGCUACAAACUACAAAGUUAUAUGCUUUCGUUUUCUGGGUCUUCAUUUUCGCUUCUCUCUCUUUCUCUUGAUUUUGUUUGUUCCACUUCUUCCCCCUUUUUGGCGCCAAGUUCUAGUGUCGUUGUUCUGAACAGAUGCAGCUACUGCAAAGAUAUAAACUUUACGUAAUGUUGACUUUUCACUGAGGUUCUCAAUUCAGGAUUCUUAGUCUAACUGCUUCUGGGUUUUGUUGCUCAGUUGCCCCUUUACAAUAUGCUAUUAUUAUAGAGCUCAGAAGAAGAAGCAGCAGCUUAUUUAGUUCUAAAUAUGGCUACCAAAAUGAUCAACAGAACUCUUUUUCUCACUUAUUUCUGCUUGUUUAUCUACAUCUUGCUUUCUUCUGGUGUCAUUUUGUACAACAAGUGGGUUCUCUCUCCAAAGUACUUCAACUUUCCACUUCCAAUAACACUCACCAUGAUUCACAUGGGAUUUUCUGGGGCAGUGGCAUUUUUACUCAUCCGGGUUCUUAAGGUUGUAUCUCCUGUCAAAAUGACAUUUGAAAUAUAUGCAACUUGUGUGGUACCAAUUAGUGCUUUCUUCGCAUCAAGCCUUUGGUUUGGUAAUACUGCCUACUUGCAUAUAUCUGUGGCGUUUAUCCAGAUGCUCAAGGCUCUGAUGCCAGUGGCAACAUUUGUUGUGGCUAUUGUGUGCGGCACUGAGAAAGCAAGGUGUGAUGUGUUCUUGAACAUGGUGUUGGUCAGCGUUGGAGUUGUCAUUUCCUCGUAUGGGGAAAUUCAUUUUAAUGUAGUUGGUACAUUUUACCAGGUCACGGGAAUUUUCGCUGAAGCUUUAAGACUGGUCUUAACACAAGUCCUUCUGCAAAAGAAGGGCUUAAGUUUAAAUCCUAUCACAAGCUUAUAUUAUAUAGCUCCAUGCAGUUUUGUGUUUCUCUUUGUGCCUUGGUACCUACUGGAAAAGCCUGCAAUGGAAGUUUCACAGAUUCAGUUAAAUUUUUGGAUCUUCUUUUCCAAUGCUCUAUGUGCUCUCGCCUUGAAUUUCUCUAUUUUCCUAGUAAUCGGUAGAACUGGUGCUGUGACCAUCCGAGUCGCCGGCGUGCUUAAAGACUGGAUAUUAAUAGCCCUUUCAACUGUUAUAUUUCCAGAGUCCACAAUAACUGGGUUGAAUAUAACUGGCUAUGCUAUAGCACUAUGUGGCGUCGUGAUGUACAAUUACAUAAAAGUCAAGGACGUUCGAGCCUCUCAACAACCUACCGAAAUCAUUCCAGAUCGAAUCACAAAGGACUGGAGAUUUGAGAAGAGACCUUCUGACAUUUAUGCGCCAUUGAACGCCGGCAACAAUGAGGGAAGCAUUGGAGGUAAUGGUUUCACAUCAGAUAUUGAGCGUCGAUGAAGAAGCACCACGACACUUAAAAUUUAGCAGUAGCAGCUAGGGAGAACUGGCCUUGUUGGUUAUGGAAUGCACUUUUCUGAAUCUGAAUAAUCAAAAUAUGUGUUUGUGAAAGGAGAAGGAUUUGUUUUAACUCUCUGUGAUGGCCGUUUUACAAUCUUUCCAAUACAGGGAAUCAAGGAUAGUUAUUAUAUAAACAUUUCAUUAGUCACCAAAGUGUGUAACUGUGUACAUUCUUGAACCGGCCAAGAAUCAAUAAAGCUCUACAGCAAAAUAAA